AUGGACGUGUGGGGCCCAGCCCGCGUCCGUGGGCAGGGUCAGGAGCGCUACUUCCUGCUGGUGGUUGACGACUACUCGCGUUACACCGCAGUCUUCCCCUUGCGCAGCAAGGGUGACGUCACUGAGGUGUUGAUCGCCUGGAUCCGCGCGGCUCGUCUCCAGCUCCAGGAGAGUUUCGGCUCCGACUUUCCUGUUCGGCGUCUGCACUCCGACCGAGGCGGAGAGUUCUCCUCUGACCUUCUGCAGACCUUCUGUCGCACACGAGGCAUCCGCCAGACCUUCACGCUUCCGGACUCUCCGCAGCAGAAUGGGAUUGCUGAGCGCCGCAUCGGCAUGGUCAUGGACGUCGCUCGUACGUCCAUGAUCCAUGCGGCUGCUCCCCAUUUUCUGUGGCCGUUUGCGGUUCGGUACGCGGCGCAUCAGCUCAACCUUCACCCCCGGGUCUCCAUGCCGGAGACCUCCCCUGCUUUGCUGUGGACGGGGAAGGUUGGUGAUGCGUCGCGUUUUCGGGUCUGGGGAUCUAGGGCGUUUGUCCGCGACUUGUCUGCGGACAAGCUGUCCUCUCGUGCUGUUCCCUGCGUCUUCCUUGGCUUUCCCCCUGACGCGCCAGGCUGGCAGUUCUACCACCCCACCUCGCGCCGUGUCUUCGCGUCCCAGGACGUCACCUUUGACGAGUCGGUUCCCUACUACCGUCUCUUCCCCUACCGCACUGCGUCCCUCCCUCCCCCGCCGCUCUUCCUUACACCAGGCCCCCCUCCGGUAGACCCCCUCCCCCCUCAGGGUCCUGCUCCCUCAGGUGUGUCCCAGGUAGAUGCAGUUGAGCCAGUCGAGGUAGCUGUUGACUCUGGUACUGCUGGUGGUGCUGAGCCUGGGGGUGCUGGGUCUGGGGGUGCUGCGACUGGGGUUGCUGGGUCUGGGGGUGUUGCGACUGGGGGUGCUGAGCCUGGGGGUGCUGAGCCUGGGGGUGCUGAGCCUGGGGGUGCUGCGCCUGGGGGUGCUGCGCCUGGGGGUGCUGCGCCUGGGGGUGCUGCGCCUGGGGGUGCUGAGUCUCGGAGUGCGGAGCCUGAGAGUGCUGGACCUGCUCGUCUGGCGUCUGGUGGUGCUGAGCCUGGCGGUUCCUCCGGUGCUUCGUCCCGGCGGGAGCUGCUCUCUCCACAGGAGCUGCGUGAGUGGUUCGCCCGGCGCUGGCGACGUGCUGCUGGAGCUGGUGGUGCUGCAGGAGCUGGGGGUUCUACUGCUGCUGAGAGUGCUGGUGCCGAGGGUCCCAGAGGUGCUCGUACCGAGUGUACUGGAGCUGCUGACCCUACGAGUGCUCCUCCUGCUGGAGCUGGUGGUGCUGCUGGUGUUGCUGGCGCUGGAGCUGCUGGUGCUGCUGGAGCUGCUGGUGCUGCUGGUGCUGCUGGUGCUGCUGGUGCUGCUGGUGCUACUGGCGUUGGUGCUGCUGGAGCUCCUGGAGCUGGAGCUGCUGCGUCUUCGGGUGGUCCGGCUGGAGCUGGAGCUACUGGGGGUGUUGGCGCUGGGGGUGCUCCUGGCGCUGGUGCUGCUGGGGGUGCUGGAGUUGGAGCUGCUGGAGUUGCGGGUCUUCCUGGUGCUGGUGCUCCCGCUGGGGGCGCUGGUGCUGUUCCUGCUGGCACUGGUGGAGCUGCGCGGCCGCGGCCGUACUUCGUUCCGCUCCUUGAGCAGGUUCUUGGUCUUCCGUCCUCUCUUGGUCCUGCUCCUGCCUUAGAGUGUCCGCCUCCUGUCCAGUCUGAGUCACAGUUACAGCCACCUUCCCCGCUUCCUUCUCCUUCUCCCUACACUGGUCCUACUGGAGGUCUUGCUGAGCGUCGUGAGCCUGCGUCUCGCCCUGCGUCGCCUGUCCGUGCUGCUCGCACUAGUGGUCGUGGUUCGCGUCAGCGUCCUCCCCCUGUCCCCGGCACGCACCGGAUGUCUCUGCGUCCUUCCACUGCUCCGCUGCGUGCCCCUUUGCCCUCUCCUCCAGCGUCCUCUCUUCCUGAGCUUCCUGACCCGGAGUCGGACUCCCUUCGUGCUGCGCGUCCUACUGUCACGCGUCUCCUUGCUACUGUCGUCACUGACCCUUCCUUUGAGUCUACUGCUGCGUCUGCCCUAGUUGCUGAGCUUGUCGACUUCGCUGCUCGCUGUCGCCUAGACUACGCUACCAGUCUCGUCGCUGAGUCUGAGUCUGUCUGUCCUCCGUCCGUCGGGGGUGAGUGUGCUCUUGGCACGGACGUCCUAGAGGACAGGCAGGAGGAGUUCCAGUGCUUGGCUGCUGUUUCACCUCAUCUCGUGUCCAUGCUGCUUGCCCCUGAGGGAGACCCGGAUGCACUUGACAUCCCGACUCCGCGCUCUUACGCGGAGGCGAUAGAGGGUCCCUACUCCUCUCAGUGGCAGGCAGCCAUGGACGCAGAGAUGGCUUCCUGGAAGUCCACAGGCACCUACGUUGACGAGGUUCCCCCGCCUGGGGCGAACAUCGUCAGUGGCAUGUGGAUUUUCAGGGUGAAGCGGCCGCCGGGUUCUCCGCUUGUCUUCAAGGCGCGUUACGUGGCUCGUGGUUUCAGUCAGCGGCAGGGAGUUGACUACUUUCAGACUUUCUCUCCCACCCCGAAGAUGACCACUCUUCGGGUACUGCUGCACAUAGCUGCUCACCGAGACUACGAGCUGCACUCUCUUGACUUCAGCACUGCUUUCUUGCAGGGCAGCCUUCACGAGGAGAUCUGGCUGCGCCGCCCACCUGGCUUCACUGGGACGUUUCCUCCUGGCACCCAGUGGAGCCUCCGGCGGCCAGUCUACGGUCUCCGCCAGGAGCCUCGUGAGUGGCACGACACACUGAGGACUACACUUGCGGCCCUUGGGUUUGCUCCUUCUACUGCCGACCCGUCGCUGUUUCUGCGCACCGACACUUCUUUGCCGCCGUUCUACAUCCUCGUGUACGUCGACGACUUGGUCUUUGCUACAGCUGACACUGCUGGACUUGCCUACGUGAAGUCCGAGCUGCAGAAGAGCCACGUGCACAGACCUGGGUGA